AUAAACAAAGUCAGAGGCUUUAAUAGUGGAGAUUGAGACCCAGUUUAGUUGUUGAAGCAGAAUGGAAGACAUCAUUGCUCAGAGCUAAAAGGAAUAGUUGAAGAGCAACUUUCUACACCAAUAUCAAGAAAACAAGAGCCUUUUCCUCUGUAACUUCCACAAGUUUGUAUCUUAUUGUUUCUUUUAAACCUGGGAAGAACAAACCCAGUGUCAGGAGGCAGGUCAAGUUGUUUGUGUAUAUAGAGAUCUCAUCAGGUUGAGAAUUGAGAGAGACAGAGAUGGGCAAUUGCUGGUUUUCUUCAAAAGCUGAAGACUCAACACCAACUACUACUGGUCAGCUGAGUACAGUGCCGAGUAAUACAUCUCAAUCAACCAGUGCUACCAUAUCUACAUCUUCUGGGGGAAGCACUGUAUCCAGGAAUAGCCAGUUUUCGGCUAGAAGUGGCGACGAGACCUGUCCAGAUGGGCAGAUUCUACCGGAUGCAAACUUGAGGAUCUUCAGUUACCUAGAAUUGAAAAGUGCAACUAGAAACUUCAGAUCAGAUACGGUGCUUGGGGAAGGAGGUUUUGGAAAAGUCUAUAAAGGUUGGCUUGAGGAGAGGCCAGCCACCAAAUCUGGAAGGACAUCUGUAAUUGCUGUAAAGAAAUUGAAUUCGGAGAGUUUGCAAGGCUUUGAGGAAUGGCAGUCAGAGGUGAAUUUCUUGGGGAGACUUUCUCAUCCUCAUCUUGUAAAGCUAUUGGGAUACUGUUGGGAGGAGAAAGAACUGCUGCUUGUCUACGAGUUCAUGCAAAAAGGAAGCUUGGAAAACCAUCUUUUUGGAAGGGGUUCAGUUGUUCAGCCACUUCCAUGGGAUAUACGGCUCAAAGUUGCAAUAGGAGCAGCUCGAGGGCUGGCAUUUUUGCAUACAUCAGAGAAGCAAGUAAUCUAUAGAGAUUUCAAAGCAUCUAAUAUACUACUUGACGGGUCCUUUAAUGCCAAGAUAUCCGACUUUGGCUUGGCAAAAUUGGGUCCUUCAGAGAGUCAAUCUCACGUGACAACCCGGGUCAUGGGCACAUAUGGUUAUGCUGCUCCUGAGUAUGUUGCCACAGGGCAUCUCUAUGUAAAGAGUGAUGUGUACGGUUUUGGUGUUGUGUUGGUCGAGAUCUUAACAGGUUUACGGGCACUUGAUACAAAUCGUCCAAGAGGAAAACAUAGUCUUGUGGAUUGGAUAAAACCAUUUUUAUCAGAUAAAAGAAAAUUGAAAGGCAUUAUGGACCCUCGACUGGAGGCAAAGUAUCCUGCCAAAGCUGCAUUUCGAAUUUCUCAGCUUGCACUAAAAUGCAUUGAAUCUGAGCACAAACACCGGCCAUCGAUGAAUGAUGUUGUGGAUACUUUGGUAAGAAUCCAGUCAGUGAAUGAACUUAUAAGGGAGCCUAGGAUCCGUUCCACUCGGUCUACUCAUCCUAUGGCUCAUCGCCAAGGUCAGGGGCCAUUGCACCAUCGUUCUCCACUUCACCCCAGGCCAGAUGGAAAUCAAAACUACCAACAGUCACCUAAAAUGAGGUAAUGCUGAUACUGCAGCUGUCAGGCUGUCAGCAAUUAGACCCUUUGUGGCCGAUAACAUAAUGUCAUAGAGUUGCUAUUUCUCCAUUUGUUUAUCUGUUGGUGAUUAGAAUGAGCCUACUGUUGUUGUACUGAAGUUGGUACAUAAGCUAUGUAACUGUAAUUAUUUUGGUAGCCUGGUAAACAGAAAACUUGUUAGCAAAGUCAUUAGUCAUGACUCUGGUAGACUGGUAGGAAAAUUUAUAGUUUAUAUAUAGUACUCAACUCUUCCAUUUAUUUUGUUGUUGAAUUGAAGUACCUUGAUAUUCUUUUGGGA